CCUGCCUAUCAGGCGCUCUUCAGCUCUCUCUCUCGCUCGCUCACUCGUUCCACAGGCUGCCUGCCUGCCUCCCUCUCCGCCAGGCGUUUGAGAGAAAAACGGCAGAAGAAGAUGCCGGCCAUUCUGGUGGCCACCAAGAUGAAGUCAGGGCUGCCCAAACCUGUGCACAGUGCUGUGCCCAUCCCGCACCUUCCUGCCCGGCUUGCUGCCCCGCAGCCCUGCGCCCUCAAGCUGGCCGGUGUCAAGCCCACCUAUUCCAGCCAGAUCCCCCUGAAAUCACCCCAGGGGCAUGAGCGUGAGGGCGAUGGGGCCCCAGGGAAGAGGAGUGCGACAGGAGGAGAUACGCAGAUUUACACGGACUGGGCCAAUCAUUACUUGGCCAAAUCCGGUCACAAGCGCCUGAUCAAGGACUUGCAGCAAGAUGUCACCGAUGGGGUUCUGCUGGCCGAAAUCAUCCAGGUUGUGGCCAAUGAGAAGAUUGAGGACAUCAAUGGAUGCCCCAAGAGUCGCUCUCAGAUGAUCGAAAACAUCGAUGCCUGCCUCAGCUUUUUGGCAGCCAAAGGUGUGAACAUACAGGGCCUGUCUGCAGAAGAGAUCCGGAAUGGGAAUCUGAAGGCUAUCCUGGGCCUCUUCUUCAGCCUGUCCCGGUACAAACAGCAGCAGGCACAGAAGCAGGCCACCCUACACCCCCAGCACCGACCCCUUGUCCAGCAAACUAGUGCCCCUACCCAAACUGGACCAAACACCCAUGGGACCCCCACCCCUGUGCAGGCCCAGUCCCUCCCCCCCUCAGCACACAUGUUGAAAGCACAAGCAGAGAUGCAGUCCAGUCUCCCAUCCAAAGAGGCUUCUCAGAGCAAACUGCUCAGAUUGGCUCUUGGUCAGAGAAGGUCUUCUAGGCUACCGGGUCCCACCUCCAGGCUUUCUACUGCAGGCAGUGAGAGCAAGGUCCGGCCCGGAGCCAGCACCAGCAGUCGGCGCAGCCAGAGCUUCAACAACUUUGACAAGUCCAAGCCUGGCACUGUGGUCCCUGGGGGCCAUGACAGAGAUCUGUUGGAGGGCGGCAGCAUGCAGCCUCUUGGAAUGACAGACUGUGUCUCCUGUCCAGCCCCUAUAAGUACCUCCACCAACACUUCUACCAUCAACAACUCCACCACUACCUCCUCCUCAUCUGUCAUCCCCCAGCCUAACUCAGUCAGCAAGCCCUGGAGGAGCAAAUCCCUCAAUGCCAAGCACAGUGCCACGUCUUCCAUACUGUCUGUGAAGCAGGACCCCACCAAGCAGCAGCAGCCUCCCACGCCAGUCAUUGAGACCCCACCUAAGGCUGCCCCCAUCAUACAGAAAUCCAUGCUUGAGAAGCUCAAACUGUUUAACAGCAAAGGGGCAUCUAAGUCCUCAGCUGGGAGCUCAGCAGACAGCUUGGCUACCCGGGAGACAGCAGUGGAGAAGGUGGAGGUUGGUUUCAACACUGACACUCUAGAGGAGGUCGAUGGCAACGUCAGGCCUGUUAACGGUACGGCUGCUCUUUCUAGCAGCCCCAAGAUUGCCCUCAAAGGUAUUGCGCAGCGUACCUUCAGCAGAGCCCUCACCACUAGGAAGAGCUCUCCGAAGUCUGCUGACAAGGACAAGCCCAAGGAAAAGGACAAAGCUAAGCGCUUGUCUGUCGCAGAGAAGGUGGAGCUGAGGGAGGAGCCAAAAGAGGAAGUGACGGUCGCCCCUGAGGCAGAACCUAAAAAAUACUCUAAGAUCGGCAGCUUUAUUCCCAAAGGGGGCAAGGUCAGCAGUGCCAAAAAAGAGAGCUCAGGCCCAGCACACAGCGGCAUACCAAAGCCAGGGGCCAAGGCCUCUGGGACAGCAAAGGCAUCUGGGGCAGCCAGCUCUGGGAAAGAUGGGGAGAGGCCACGCAGCAUGAGGCUGGCAGGGGGGCUCUCACUGCACAAGGGCCAGCUGGAUAGCAGGAACUCCAGUUCCUCCUCCAGCUUGGCCUCCUCAGAGGGCAAGGCCCAUGUCGUCAAUGGCACCUACCCAGUGGCCAGCAGCACCAGUGCUACACAGUCUACAGCCAGCAACACUGUCAGCGUUCAGCUACCACAUCCUCAGCAACAAUACAGCCACCCCAACACUGCCACAGUCGCCCCCUUCAUGUACAGGUCACAGACGGAUGUCGAGGGGUCUGUAAUUACAGAAUCUGGGUCAGGAGGAGGAAACGGGGACCCUGCGCUCUUCAGUAAACCCACACAACCCUCAGUGGAUGAUCUCACAGGUGAGGACCCCGAGACUAGACGGCUACGAACCGUUAAGAACAUCGCAGACCUCCGACAGAACCUGGAGGAGACCAUGUCCAGCUUGCGGGGGACCCAGAUCACACACAGCACCCUGGAGACGACCUUUGACAGCAGUGUCACCACGGAGAUGAGCGGGCGGAGCAUCCUCAGUCUGACAUCCCGCUCCACACCGCUGCCGUGGCGACUGGGCCAGUCCAGCCCCCGGCUGCAGGCAGGUGAUGCCCCUUCCAUAGCCAAUGGCUACCCAGCACGGGCCGCCGCCAGCCGCCUGGUCAGUGCAGAUGGGGGGCGCUACCUGUACUCAGGCCCCCUCCGCAGGCAGCUGGCUACACGGAGCAGCGCCAUCUGCAGUAUGGACCUAGCCAACAAGGUGGAGGAGCUGGACCUGGAGGGCAUGAACAUGGACGCUACAGGGUACAUGAGCGACGGAGACGUCCUGAACAAGAACGUGAGGGCGGAUGAUGUCAUCAGUGGCUACAUGACUGACGGGGGUCUGAGUUUGUACACGCGCCGCCUCAACAGGCUUCCCGAUGGAAUGGCCGUUGUGAGAGAGACUCUCCAUCGCAACGCAUCUACAGGCCAGGGGGAUGCUGACAGCUGGGACGACAGCAGCUCAGUCAGCAGUGGGAUCAGUGACACUGUGGAUACCGAUGACAUUAAUACCAGCUCCUCCAUCAGCUCCUAUGCCAACACGCCUGCUGCCACGCGCAAGGCCUUAGACGGACAGCCACAGACGGAUGCAGAGAAGCACUCAGUUGUGGAGUGCAACUCGAUGUGGUCCAGCGACGAUAUCAAGCGGUCAGAUGGGGGCUCUGACAGCGGCAUUAAGACUGAUCCCGGAUCUAAAUGGCGGCGCAACCCCUCCGAUGUCUCAGAUGAGUCCGACAAGAGCACGUCCAGCCGCAAGAUGGCCGGCAUCUCCCACACGGGCUCGUGGAGACGCGGCAUGACGGCCCAGGUGGGCAUCACAGCACCCCGGACCAAGACCCCACCCACGUCUGGUUCUGCUGCGAUCAAGGCACAGGGGGCUGGUAAGACUGACGACGCCAAGGUGUCCGAGAAGGGCUGCCUGUCGUCACACUCCAGUGCUAUCCAGCGCUCGCCCUCAGACGUUGGCCGCAGCAGUGGAGAUGAGUCCAAGAAACCCCCUUCCAGCUCAGCCCGCACCCCCACGAAUACUUUCGGCUUCAAGAAACUGACGGGAGGGGUGACCAUCGUCACAGCCAGUGGGGCGACUAUCACUGGCGGCUCAGCCACACUGGGCAAGAUACCCAAGUCGGCAGCUCUAACGGGGGGACGGUCGGUGGGCCGUAAAGCCAGCAUGGAUGGCUCACAAGUGCAGGAUGAGAGCUAUAUGCCUGUGGGCACCCGUGCCAACCUGCAGUAUCGCAGUCUGCCCCGGCCUGGCCGCUCCAGUGCCCGCAAUGGCAACCGCUCAUCCACCAGCAGCAUCGAGGCAGCCAGCCUCCCGGCACUGCGCGCCCGCGAGCCUCUCAAUCAGACAGACCGUGAAAAGGGUGUAGCCUCCGACACAGAAGGCGGAGCUGCCUGUAGCUCUAUCAAAGCUAGCCCUGUAUCGCAGGGUGAAGGCAUUGCCCCCUCCGCCGGCAGGCAGCAGACCAGCAAAUACGUGGACAUGUCCUCACCCACACUGCGCAGGCUCUUUGGGGGGAAGCCAGGCAAGCAGACAGACGCCAUGAAAAGCUCCACGGUCAUCUCUAACCCUCACGCCACCAUGGCUCAUCAGGGAAGCCUGGACUCAGCCCCGGGGGGCGCCUGUGGCGAGCCCGCCCACUCCUCUCUGGCUUCCAGCCCAGGCUCGGCCUAUUCGGCUCCCACCAACAGCCUGACUUGGGCCACUACGGCCAGCAGCUCCUCCGGUAUCAGCAAGGACGGCCCAGCUUACCCCUCGCUCAGCAGCCUGCACACCAGCUGCGAGUCCAUUGACGUCUCCAUGGGCAGCGCCGGUCUGGGCCACCUCAGCUCCGGCAGGGACGAUGCGCUGGGCACCUUUGUCCGCACCAGCAGCGUCAAGACCGGCAUGUCGGAGAGUCCCCUCUCCUCCCCUUCCGCUAGUCCCAAAUUCAGCAGAAACACUUUACCCCGGAAACAGGACAGUGACCCCCACCUUGAUAGCAACAGCUUGCCUAGAAAGGGACUCAGGUAUGGUCCGCCAGCCCAGCUCCGCAGCCACGACGAUGCCAAGGAAUGGCUACGCUCCCAUUCCGCGGGAGGCCUGCAGGAGUCUGCCAGCAACUCGCCCUUCUCCCCCGGGUCCAGCCUUAGUUCGCCAUCAGCGACGCGGUUCAACUUCGUCCCUCUCGGCAGCCCCACAGCAGCCACGCAAAUGAGCCUGGCUAACCUGCGUGCCAACUGCCUGUCCAAUCAGGACGGCCCUUACGACCCGUAUAGCGAUGCCCGUCUGCGCAAUUCCUCCAUGUCCUUGGAUGAGAAGACCCGAACCAUGAGCCGCUCUGGCUCCUUCCGCGACGGCUUUGAGGAGGUUCAUGGCUCCUCCCUCUCUCUCGUGUCAAGCACCUCUUCAAUCUACUCCACGCCUGAAGAGAAGUCACAGUCAGAGAUCCGCAAGCUCCGGAGGGAGCUGGACGCUUCCCAAGAAAAGGUGUCUGCCCUAACAACUCAGCUGAGUGCAAAUGCUCACCUGGUGGCAGCAUUCGAGCAGAGCCUGGCAAACAUGACCAUCCGGCUCCAGAGCCUCACCAUGACAGCAGAGCAGAAGGACUCUGAGCUAAAUGAGCUGAGGAAGACCAUCGAGUUCCUGAAGAAGCAGAAUGCUGCUGCGCAGGCCGCCAUUAACGGCGUCAUAAACACUCCUGAGCUGAGCGGUAAAGCCUCUGGUAACGGUACGCCGCACCCGGAUCUGCGCAUACGCAGGCAGCACUCAUCGGACAGCGUUUCCAGCAUCAACAGCGCCACCAGCCACUCCAGUGUGGGCAGCAAUGUGGACCCAGACGCUAAGAACAAGAAGAAAAAAAAGAAUUGGCUGCGGAGCUCCUUCAAGCAGGCCUUCAGCAAGAAAUCACCCAAGUCCGCGUCCUCGCACUCUGACAUCGAGGAGAUGACAGACUCGUCCCUGCCCUCCUCCCCAAAACUCCCCCACAAUGGCUCUGCCACCUCCACACCUGCGCUAAGGAACUCCCACUCCAACUCUCUCAUCUCAGAGUGCACGGACAGCGAGGCUGAGACAGUCAUGCAGCUACGCAGUGAGCUGCGAGACAAGGAGAUGAAGCUGACUGAUAUCCGGCUGGAGGCCCUUAGCUCCGCCCACCAGCUGGACCAGCUGCGAGAGGCUAUGAACCGCAUGCAGUGCGAGAUUGAAAAGCUGAAAGCUGAGAACGACCGUCUGAAAUCAGAGAAUCAGGGCAGCUGCAGCCGGGCGCCGUCGCAAGUGUCCAUCUCCUCCUCGAUGCACCCCCCUGUGGCACUGUCCCAGCACAGCCUCAACCUGACCGAGUCCACCAGCCUUGACAUGCUGUUAGAUGACAAUGGUGAUGGCAGUACACGCAAAGAGGGUCGCCAUGUCAAGAUCAUGGUCAGCCUGGAAGAAGAUGUUAAGUGGAAGGAGGAAUGUCGACCUCGUCAGUUCCUGAUUGGCUGUAUUGGAGUUAGCGGCAAAACCAAGUGGGAUGUCUUGGAUGGGGUGGUCAGACGUCUCUUCAAGGAGUAUAUCAUCCAUGUGGAUCCUGUGAGUCAAUUAGGCCUGAACUCAGACAGCGUGGCUGGAUACGGCAUUGGGGACGUCCGGCGCACAAGUGGGGCAGAAACUCCUGAGCUGCUGCCCUGCGGGUAUCUUGUGGGGGAGAAUGAUACCAUCUCCGUGUUUCUCAAAGGAGUGGAGGUCCACAGUCAAGACAGCCUGGUGUUUGAGACGCUCAUUCCCAAACCAAUGCUGCAGCGAUAUGUGUCCCUACUGCAGGAGCACAGGCGCAUCAUCCUCUCUGGUCCCAGUGGAACUGGCAAGACCUUUCUGGCCAACCAGCUGGCUGAGUACAUGGUGCUGCAGGACGGCCACAAGCUGCUCGAUGGCAUCAUCGCCACCUUCAAUGUGGACCAUAAGUCUAGCAAGGAACUGCGACAGUACCUGUCCAAUCUCGCUGAUCAGUGCAGCAGCGAUAGCCAUGCAGUAGACAUGCCCCUGGUCGUGAUUCUGGACAACCUGCAUCAUGUCAGUUCCCUGGGGGAAAUAUUCAAUGGCCUGCUCAACUGCAAGUACCAUCGAUGCCCUUAUAUAAUUGGCACAAUGAACCAAGCAACUUCUUCCACUCCAAAUCUACAGCUUCACCACAACUUCAGGUGGGUGCUGUGUGCUAAUCACAUGGAACCAGUAAAGGGUUUCCUGGGCCGGUUCCUGCGGAGGAAGCUGAUUGAGACAGAAAUCAGCAGCCGCACGCGAAACAUGGAGCUGGUCAAGAUUAUUGAUUGGAUCCCUCGUGUCUGGCAGCACCUCAACCGCUUUCUAGAGGCUCACAGUUCUUCUGAUGUCACCAUUGGACCACGGCUCUUCCUGUCUUGUCCCAUUGAUGUUGAUGGGUCUAGGGUGUGGUUCACAGACCUGUGGAACUAUUCCAUCAUCCCUUACAUGCUGGAAGCUGUGCGUGAAGGCCUACAGUUGUAUGGAAGAAGGUCACCCUGGGAAGACCCAGCCAAGUGGGUCAUGGACAGCUACCCUUGGGCCGCUAGCCCCCAGCAACACGAGUGGCCCCCGCUGCUCCAGCUGCGGCCUGAAGACGUGGGCUUCGAUGGCUACUCCAUCUCACGGGAAGGCCACAGCAAGCAGAUCCCCCCAAGCGAUGCGGAGGGUGACCCUCUGAUGAACAUGCUGAUGCGACUCCAAGAAGCUGCUAACUGCUCCAGCCCUCAGAGCUACGACAGCGACUCAAACAGCAACAGUCACCACGAUGACAUCCUGGACUCUUCAUUGGAAUCAACGCUGUGAAUCGAUCAGUAGUUUUAAGCACAAGGAAAAAUUACUCCUAAUUACCAGCAACCAGAGCAAGCUGCUCUCAGAGACUGACAAAGAAAUACAGUGGGUGCAGGUAACCCCUGAGAGAAAAAAUAAUUUCAUUUUUAACAACAGAAACGAAAAAAAGGGCACUGCUUUAGUUUUUAAAUAUUUUUGUGAAAUGCUGUUCUUAGCCCCGUUAUAGAAUGUUAAAGGUACAAGGAUCUGGCUUUUGUGGAGCUCAUGUCCUGCCAUGGACUUUUCAUCCAGCCUGAAGAACAUACGCCUCCGUUUCUGUGAACCAAACAAUCUUGCUGAACUCCUGCAUAGAUGUGUUACAUAUGCUCUAAACUGCAGAUGGUGCUAGAAGACCGAAGUGCCGGUCUAAAGUGACCACCCUAUGCUGCCCCAUUCACAUGGCCUUGUGCUGUACUCGUGAUCUUUCUGCCUGGAUGUUAACCCAUCCUAGUCCAGUGUGAUCACCCAGUGCCAGCAGAAGGGGUGAGCAUUGGUUUCUGAUCAAACAUGCUGAGUCCUUAGAUGUUCUGUGAUUCAUAGUGGAUGGUGCAUUAUGGCUCUGUGAGGGUUGUUUACUCUCUUUUUAGGGCACAGUUGUGGAGUUCACAGAACAUGCCACAAUAAUGUGUGAUCCCUUGGAGUCAUGUAAUAAGUGUGAUUGGAUCCCUUUCCAGGGGACUCAGGUUUUUAGCUGUGUAGGCUUAUUGUUUCGGUUGCCAGGGUGCCAGACUGUGAUUGAGGGCACAGGUUGGGCCAUAACUCUGUUACAGGGUGAGCUUUAUAGCCUUCCGCUGGCGUACCCCUUCCGCUUUGGAGCACUCACAGACACAGCAGUAAAGCGCAGCCAGCUUCUUAUAGCUCGCUAGUGCGCAUUGUCACAGAGGAGCAGUCGCAAGCUUUGACAAACAUCUUUUUGGUGCUGAGCUGCAAAAAUGAUGCCUUACCUCUUUUGUAAUAUUUAACAUGCAUCGGUGUUGUUGUCUUUUUUUACUUUUAACUGCAGGGCUGUAGCGUCAUGGUCGCUUGACAAUUUGCAGGUGAAUUUGCAGGUUCAAGGUGCUAUGACAGUUUCCCCCCAUCAUAUCAAAGGAUAAUGCCAUGUUAAUAAGAGGGCAAAUGAAGGCAACUUUCUUUUGGAUCCAUAUCAUUGCUUUGAUCUAGCUGCUGCAGCAUAUGCCCGUCGGGGUAGCUGUCAAAGCCUAAAAUGGGCUUUGAACCACUGAUCAGGUGAAAAUGCUGCAUCUUUCAAAGUCUGGGAUCGGUGCUCAGACAACACCCACUUUAAGUUGUACUGUACAGAUUUAAUGGUUCCGAAAGAUGGCUGAAGAUCUGAAGGGGUUGUUCUUAUACCUCACAAGCCUAUACACUUUAUGCCAUUGUCUUACUUGUUCCACUUUUUUUGUGUUAUUCUUGUAAGUGAUAAUGGAAAUAGUAUCAGUGCAUGAAAUGUGAUGGCUGUGAUGUUUGUUGCCUCAUUUAGGGGAAAGACCUUCAUUUUAUUGCUUUGUUUCUAAUCACUUAUCAAGAUUAAGUAUCCAAAAACAUUUGGAUAUUCUGCAAAGGGAGGGGCCGGGGCCCCGACCUUGCUUUGGAACUAAUGACAGCGUGUCUAGUAGCGAACUCAUUACAAAAGAAUUAACAUUGUGUCAAUUUGCAUUAAGUGUAAAUGGGAUCUCACCCUUGCUUUAUUUCAGAGACAAUGCUUUAUUCCUCCUUUGAAACCCAUAACACUGAGCAUUUGAAAACCUACUUUUAAUAGUAUGACAUACGACUUCAUUUUUUUCCCCUCUCUCCAUGCUUCUGUUUCUUUUCAGCGUUUGACCUGUUCAUUUUGAGUGUUCUUAGUUACUAAUUCUAUGCAACAUUCAUUUUGAAUUUUAAAUGGAAGCCAAAUAGUUUCCUAGUAUUUGUCAGGACUGCCAAGAAUUGUACAGCAACUAAAUCAAUAUGUGAAUAGAUUCUCAGUUGUAAUUUAAUUAGAGGGUUUUUUUCUGUACAUUUUGGCUCUUAUAAUGGAUACAAGCACAAAGCUUUGGCUGGGCGUUUCUUCUUAUGACAUUUUCCCUGCAGGAGUGUGGAUGUUAAUUUUAUGGAAGGGCCACUCUUUGAUGUAGUUGUUUUAAAGUAAGGUGAUCUGUUUAGCAAGGUGUAUUUUGCUAUUUACAUGUACAAUGUAACAUAGAGAAAUGUAAAUAUUACAGUGCUACAUUUUACUGAAAUUUUCUAGCCGUUUUUAAACAAAACUAGAAAAGUAUUUUGUGUACAGUACUCAAUUCACCUAGUGUGUUCUUUCAGGUUUGUCAGAAAUUGCUGUCAGAUUCACACAAAAUAAAUAUGAUCAUUGUAAUGUUAUUAAAUUAUUCAUGAUCAAUAAAUGAAUGCUUAUUUAUUA